AUGAGUACAUAUCUUUUGCGAACACGUGGAAUACUCACCAACCCUCGUUAUGUUCCCACGUUAAUAUCACGUGCUCAAGCCAGUCAAAAUAGUCAAGUACCACCAACACCUGGCCAAGGUGUACCAAUGUCGGGUAGUACAAAAACAAUUUCACAAACAGGUGAAACAAAAAAAGGUGAUUCAUCAGUUUUACCAUCAAGUGCUACUAAAUCCGAUCAUACAAAUCCAACAAAAACAAGUUCUGAUGCACCAUCAUUAGGUCGUGCAUAUAUAGAUUCAACUAAUAAAACAAGUGAUAAACAACGUCGAGAUACUUCUAUUAGUGGUGAUAAACGUCCAUUAUCAAAUAAUCCAAAUAAACAAUCAUUUAUAAGUUCACCAGUUGGUCAAUUUGGUGCAAUUGCUGUUCUAGCUGUUGUUAUGUAUUAUGGUUAUAAUAUGAUGAGUCGUAAUGAAAAAGAUCUGAAGCAAAAUGAACAUUACAAAAAAGCUACAGCUGAUUAUCAAGCUGUUAAUGCUACAAAUACUGAUGUUAAACCGUAA